GCAAGUAGCGCUGCACGCUGCUGCAUUCUUCCGCCUCACAGGCUCUCAGCCGCCGCUGACGCGAUGCCCCCGCCGGCGGCGCCCGCCACUAACCGCGUUGCCCUCUACCUCCGCCGCGCGCGCCUCAUCGACUCCCUGCGCGUCCGUCUGCGUUCCUCCUCCCCUUCCUCACCUCCUGCGCUCCCACCCGACGACCCCGUGGUCGCGCUCCACGCCAUCCGCGCGGCGCCCACGGCGUCCUGCGCGCUCUCCCUUUUUCGCGCGAUCCCCUCCCAACCACCGCCGCCGCUCCCACUCUACCAAGCUCUCGCCGCCCGCCUCUCCUCCCUCGCCGCGCUCUCCGACCUCCGCGCCCACCUCGCUUCUUUCCCGCUGCCUGCUCCGCCGCUCGCGCGGCUCCGCCUCCUCGCCGCCGCGGGGGACCGCGCCUCCGCGCUCGAAGCCUUCGGUUCCCUCCCGGCCACCCCGCGCCGCCCUGCGGAGGCGCACAACGUCGUCAUCGAACUCCACGCGCGGGGCGGCGAUCAUGACGCCGCCGUCGAGGCGUUCCGCCGCAUGGUCCGCGAGGGCGCGCUCCCGAAUGCACGCACGUACACCGUCGUCAUCGCCCACCUCGCCUCCGCGGGGUUUGUGGACCAGGCGCUCGAGGUGUUCCGCAUCCUGCCGUCGCUGCGCGUGCGGCGGACCACCCGACAGUACAACGUGCUCGCCGAGGCGCUUGCGUCGGGAGGUAGGUUUGACCAGCUUCGGUGGCUCGUCCGCGAGAUGGCGGCUGUGGACGGCGUCAUGCCCGGGCCGCAGAUGCGCGCUGCCAUCGCUGCCCUGCGGGAGGCUGGUCACGUUGAUGGCACAAAGGAUUUCGUCGAGGAGCUUUCACCCAACGCAAGGAUCGGGUACGCCGUGGACGACGUCGAGGGUGAGGGAGACGGCGAGGAGGAGGACGACGACGACGAGGACGAAGGCGAGGUCAAGGACAGAGGCAACGGAGAGAAGCAAACACUGAAGCCAUGGCUGGACCCGCGUGAGCUCGCCAGGGCGUUGGACGGCUGGGACUCGCGGGAGGUGGCCGAGCUAGAGGGUGCCGGGCUCGUCUGGACGCCGCGGCUGGUAUGCAAGCUCCUGCGAGCAUUCAAGAAAGCCGAGACAGCGUGGGAGUUCUUCUGCUGGGUGGCGUGCCGCCCCGGUGGGUUCGCGCACGACCGCCACACCGUGGCGAGGAUGAUGGCGAUCCUCGCCCGCACCGGCCACGUCGAGCUGGUGGAGCGCCUGCUCGCUAAGGUGCGUGCCGACGGCAUCCUCCUCCCGCUUGCCACGGUGCGGCUCGUCAUCGACUUCUACGGCCUCUCCAAGAAGGCCGACGCGGCGGUCAGGGUGUUCCAGGAGGCUGAGUCAAUCUGCGGCCCCAUCUCGGGGCCCAACCUUGCGCUGCUCUACUCGUCUCUUCUGCGGACGAUGACGAAGUGCCGGAGAGGGCCCGACGCCAUGGACCUCCUCGAGGAGAUGAUGGCGCGAGGCGUGCUCCCGGACCUGCAGACCUUCUCCGGCCUGAUGGAGCACCUUGCUGGCGCCGGCGACCUCAAGGGCGUGCACCGGCUGCUCGGUCUGGUCCGGCAGUGCGAGCUGCAGCCCGACGGAUACAUGUACAGCGUGCUGGUCCGGGCAUACUGCAAGCGGGAGCGUGCGGCGCUCGCGCUGAGGGUGUUUGACGAAAUGCGCGCCGCAGGGGUCACCCCCGACGCACCCACCAAGGCACUGCUGGUGAAGAGCCUGUGGCGGGAGGGGAAGCUCCGAGAGGCGGCGCUGGUGGAGGAAAGGUGCAAUGAUGUAGUGGAUGGCCUUCCAGAUGUGUCACCGGGGCAUGUGUGGACGGCCAGCGCCGCGGACUUGAAGAAGGUGCUCGACAUUUACUCCGGCUGCCUGGAUCAACCUGCUGCUCAGACUUCAACGGGGUGAUGCACUGAUGUCAUUGCCCAUUGGCGUUUGAUCACAGAACAGAAGUCGGAUUCCAGAAUGGUAACCUCAUCGUGGCAAUAUUUGGAUUGGAUUGGUUGCUUGUUGCAAUGUGGUUGUAGAAGAAUGGAACAAGCAUGGCAGAGAGGAGGCCGAGCCUGUGGCAGAAAUGAAGAACCGAAGAAGCAUUGCCCAAGGGUCAUGGCUCGAGUGCCAAAGUGAGGGAUUGAUGCUACCUUCAGUGCUUCAGUAGAAUAUGUUCAGCACUUAAUUAUGUCCAAGAAGUCCACACAGAGCAGGUAGUUAUGGUACUUUCAUCGAUUUCAGUUAGUAAAAGUUGAUACUGUGGUGUUACUCAUUUUUUGUUACAUGGAUAAAACUGAGCAUCAUCCUUGAUCAAACAAAUGCGUGGUAGACAAAGGCAGUACUUCAAACAAAAGCGACGGCAACAACAGCGGCCAGAACUGCAGUACUAGGAUGACAAAGCAAGAGGUCAAUCUUCACAUGAUCAACAGAGUGGAUCACUUGAUGUUCUAAACAUCAAUGAUCUGGCUACUCCAAAUAAUCAUCACAAUGGAUCUGCAGGUUGAGGCUGUGCAUCCUGGGGAUUUUAGACCAAUCAGUUUGGUUCACAGUUUUGCUAAACUUCUCACUAAAAUUCUGGCCAACAGAUUAGCACCUGAGCUACAUAAAAUGGUCAGCAUAAAUCAAAGUGUCUUCAUCCGAGAUCGAUGUAUUCAUGAUAACUUUCUUAUGGUCAACCAAACUGUCAAGAUGCUGCACAAAAAGGGCAUCCCUGCUCUCUUCUUGAAAUUGGACAUUAAAAAGGCAUUUGAUUCUAUGAGCUGGGCCUUUCUACUAGAAAUUCUUCGUCAUCUGGGUUUUGGACAGAUUUGGUGCAACCUGAUUCUGAACCUGCUCAUGACAUCCUCUACCCAAGUUCUUGUGAAUGGAGUUCCUGGCCAGCCUAUAUGUCACAAAAGAGGGUUGAGGCAAGGAAAUCCCUUAUCCCCUCUUUUGUUCAUCCUUGUCAUGGACGUUCUUAACAGCCUUUUCAUCAAAGCUAAUGAGUGUGGGCUAUUGCAAGCCCUUGCUGGUAGAAAUAUCAACCAAAGGGUCUCAAUGUUUGCGGAUGAUGUAGCUGUCUUUAUCCUGCCUUACUUCCUUAGAGACUGGGUUCAGAGAGGAACUGCAGCUUUGGUUUUUGGCAGGUGCCAAGAACUUGCGUACUCUUUUUUAUCCUGGUUAGAGGAAGGUUUUUAUCCUCUUUAUUUGUUGUGGUGUUAGAGUAGUGGGUGCGUCUGGUGUGCGUAUGUUGUGUAAGUCUGGUGUGUGUUGGAGUGUUUUUUUCUGUUUUGUUUCAAGCUCCAGGCCUUUUCCCCUCUUCUUUUAAUAUAAUGAUUCUUUUAAUGUCAUGAUACGCAACUAUCCGGCGUAUUCGAGAGAAAAAGAGGCGAUAAAGAUCACUUCUUUGUGCAAUAUCAACAUGAAGGAUGCAGGUGAGGCUGCCAUUUCUGCAUAAACAGUCAAAUAAACUAAUUAAGAAUAAACUACUUUCUUGUGCUAUGGUAUUUCAAUUUUUCAACAUAGGCACAUUGGCAACAACAUAUGUUGUGAUUUUUAACAGACUAGGUACUCCCUUGGUCCCUCCAGUCUCUUCUACAUGUUGAAUAGGAAUUUGUUGUGGUUUUUAGAGUUUUUUUUAACAAAGUGGCAUGAGCUCUGCCUUUCAAUUAAUAAAAGAGUAUAUGUACAAGGUAGUUAUUAAUAAUUUUCCCUAUCUCUGUAUUUGGCAUGGUAGCAAAAGGUACUAAAAAUGUUGGUGAAUUGUUUUUCUUUUUUCGAAAAUAGUUCAUAGCCUAAGUUUUAAAAGGUUGGCUGGACAAUCUACAGGAUGCCAUCUAAUUUGGACUGGAAGUAGUUGUAGAUAUAUGUCUUCCUCUGUUGAUUUAUCUAAACAAAGAAUGAACUUUUAAGGUAAUAUUACUUUGUGAAGUGUGUAAAGAGCCCUUUCGUUACAUUAAGGUUUAUCAUGAACUUCUAUUAUGCAGGCUCUCAGCCAAGGUCAGUAUAUCCACGCUGUUGGUAAGAAUGUUCCUGAAUUUGAUCUGUUUUAUGAAAUGUCAGUAGUGUGGAUUGGCAGAUUGUCUUCACCCUUUGGUCAUCCAGAUGUUGCAGAAGCUGUUGAUUAUCGUGAGGAUCCUCUUGGUUGUAAAGUGUCCCCAUCUAUAAACUAUGGCACCAGGCAGAAAAAUUAAGAUCUGGAACUCCAAAGCGGUGAUGUUUCCUUCACUAUUAGAAAUCAUAUGUAAUAUGUAUUGUUCCUACUGAUUGAAUUAAAGCUCAAUUCUAUCCAACUAUUUGAAAAAAAAGGUCCAUCAACUCGCAAGUGUAUUAUAUUUGGGACAUUGGCCAACACUUUGACUAGGAAUUUCUAUAAGAAUAUGAAUCUUCAAAAUAUGUUGAUUAUAUAUAUACUAUACAAUCAGUUUCCAUGAUAAGCCUAUCAUGCGCCACGAAUCUUUGUAAUUCUUUAAUGUAUUCGUGAUCAAAAUUUUAAAAGUUUGUCUGGUAGAAAUCCUAGUGAAGGGUAGUUCUGGUGCAGUGGUGAGUGCUGUCUUAUUGAGUCAUCAGGUCGUAGGUUCGAAGCAUCUUCUCCGCAUUUGCAUGGAGGCUUGUCUCGGUUUAUCCUUUUCCUAGAUCCCACUCAUGUGGGAGCCUCAGUCACUGAGUCUGCUUUUUUCGAGAUCCUAGUUUUGGUAGCAAUUAUUGCUUGAAACUAGAGGAGAAAGGAUCGGUUGAUGUUUGUAGCUGUGGAAUUGAAUAAUUUAUUUGUAAACGUCAUUUUUGCUUUUAUUGGUUUGUAAGUUGCAUUGUUGAUGUUGAUCUAGUUGUUAUAUAUAAUUGAAACACAUGUCUGACUAUGAUUUGUAGUUGCUGUAAUUUCACAUAUUUAUUUGAAGUGUUAUUAAAACUACAUUUAAAUGUCAAAACGCUAAUUAGAGGUUGAAACCGCGUUUUGGCGUUCUAAACUGUAAAGAGCAGUGUUUCAUGCGCUUUAGAUCAUUAGCUACUUUUGAGCCAGUCUGUUAGUUACUUUUGGGUCCAAUCCAGCUCAUGGGUGAAGUUUAGGUAAGCCAUUAACCUCUCUGUUUUAGUUUUUAACUUCAUGUUAUUAUCUAAAAUUAUGAGAUAUUGGUAUUUUUCUUAUAUUAUUUAAAACUUUGUUUAACGUUUCAAAGUCAAAACUCGUUGUCACUUCCGGAUUUAAGGACAAAUUCAGACAUAUUUUAUAUGUGUGGCAGGAUCAAGUUUCACACAUAUGGUGACUCAGUGUAUAGAAAACAAUGUCACAUUUUUAUUAUAUAAUAAUUCUAAAAAAAAUAGCUAAAUAAAUACACAUGUGUUGAAUGUGUGGGGGUCGGUGGAGUGUUUGUAUGUGUUCUUGCCUCUUUUUUCCUCUCUCUUAUUAUAAAGAUACACAUGUGUGUUUGAGAAAAAAAAUUGCAGGUGCACAGAAAACCACUCGAACUGAAUAAUGAUUGGCAUUCAAAGUCUGCUUUGGCCCAGCUCUGACUACGAUGAACAGUCUAGGAAGACAACACAGAGCUGGUAAUUUGGGCCUCCACGUUACGGCGUACUAGCUUCUCAUCUCCAACUACGCACCAGGUGGCGAUAAGACCUUAUCCUGCGCGACCACUUGGCGCCAAGGGUGUCCAUCCACGUGGGAGGAGCGGGCUGACCUGGCGCCCCUCCAGCUCAUCCUAUCUACAUAUCUGUGCCGCUCUCCCCGGGGCGCCGGGCCCCGGCCAGCCGCUCCUGCCAGUGCCAUCACACGUCCCGAGAGCAGCGCCUGAGCGGAGCCCAGGACCCAUGGCCGUCACCGCCGUCGCGGCGUCUCUGUCCGUGGCGCAGGGUCUCGGGAAGCCUCUCUGCGCCGGCAGGAACGCGACGUCGCGCCGGGCCGUCGCGCUCGCGCCCCGUCGUUCGGCGACCCGGAUGGCCGUCGUCCGGGCGUCGUCCGCGCAUCAGAAGCAGCACCCGGCCAAGGAGUGGGCGGCCGCGGCGGCCGUGGCGGCGGCGCUGGUGCUGCCGGAGGUCGCGGAGGCCGCGCCCGGGAUCUCGCCGUCGCUCAAGAACUUCCUCCUCAGCAUCGUCUCCGGAGGCGUCGUGCUCGUCGCCAUCGUCGGCGCCGUCGUCGCUGUCUCUAACUUCGAUCCCGUCAAGCGGCGCUGAGCUCAAUCAACUACACGUGCACACAUGCAUGCAGCGUUGUAUGUUGCAUUGCAUGCUGUACGCCGCCUGUACCUAUGUACUACUUCCCAAUGUAAACAGCGUUUAAUCUGUGAAUCUUUUGCCGUGUAAAUGCGAUUUUCACAUACAU